GCAAAUGUGGCAACGGCAAAGUUCUUGGGGUCAAUUAAGCAAAUGGCUAGUAGCUAGCAAUUCGCCGUUGCAGAUAACGCAACUCGAGGGAUGGUGACGGCAUGCUUCGGCGGAAGCGCCGCGUCGACGUCCCUCUCGCGCUCCGCCCUCUGCCUCCGCCGGCUUCCCCUCGCAUGUCGCUUCCCCUCUUUACCCCCCUUCCUGCUCCGACCUUUCUCUCCCAUUCGAGCGGCGUUAAGAAGCACCGGGCUCGCUGCCUCCCGCCGCUGCGCCGAUAAAAAUCCCGAAUCAAGAGCUAGAAAGUCGAUCUUCCCGGAGGAAGAUUUCGUGGUUGCCAAUUUCUAUAAGUUCGUCACCAUCGAAGAUCCCGAGGCCGUGGUUGCUAAGCACCUCGAUUUCCUCCAGGAAUGGGAUAUUCACGGUCGCAUAUACAUCAAUGAGCAAGGAAUUAAUGCGCAGUAUAGUGGUCCAAAUGGAGAUGUUCUGGCAUACACAGAUUGGGUGAAGAAAGAUCAUAGAUUUUCUAAUCUAUUGGUCCAAGUUUCACCAGCUUGUGAUGGCCAUGCUUUCCCUCGAUUGAAAUUGCGAUACAAACCAUCACUUGUACAGAUGGAAGGUGGCACUGCCCAUCUUCCUCUAGUAGAUGAUGCUAUGAGAGCUCACCCAUUGACUCCAUCUGAGUGGAGGGAAAGACUGCAAGCUAUGGAUGACUUUGGCAUAUCAACAAGCAAAGCGGAUAGCCAGGGAUCUGUUAGGAAACACCUACUUCUGGAUGUGAGAAAUGGCUAUGAGUGGGAUAUUGGUCAUUUCCAAGGAGCACAAAGACCUAAUGUCGACUGUUUUAGAAGCACAUCUUUUGGACUCUCAAAUGUAGAGGUGGCCUCCUCUGAUCCUUUAGCUAAAAUCGACAAGGAAAACACUGAUAUACUGAUGUAUUGUACUGGUGGCAUAAGAUGUGAUGUGUAUUCCACAAUUCUUAGACAGAAGGGUUUUCAAAAUUUAUACACUUUAAGUGGUGGAGUCUCAAAUUAUUUGAAUACUGAAGGUUCAGCUGGAUGGAUGGGUAACCUUUUUGUUUUUGAUGCACGCCUGUCCUUACCUCCUUCCUUCUACAAGCCAGGGGCCAAUGACAGUGCCUUUGCAAAACCUGAACUGGUGCAUGGAAAUAGUGCAUUUGCCAGGUGUUAUGUAUGUGGAUCAAAGUUGCUGGAAUAUCGACACCGCAACUGUGCAAACCUCGACUGCAACCGGCUCUUUUUGUCAUGUAGUAUUUGUGUGUCACAACUUAGCGGGUGUUGUUGUUUAGACUGCACAUGCUCCCCUCGACUUAGACCUGUACUUCCUGGCCAUCAGAGAUACCAGAAGUGGCACAUGUAUCGCGGCUGUGAGUAGCAAAGGAAGAUACAAGUAUCUGUUUUUCAUUUCACCGAACAGUUUCAAGCCUCCUUUCUUUCACUAGAGCAGUACCAAUUGUUACAAAGAAACAGUUGCAUCAAGGCUCUCGACCAUUUUCAAAAGAGUAGGUGAUGGAUGCUGGGGUUUAGCGGAAGGAAGAAAGGCAACAAAGAUUGUAAGGUGCUAAGUUCAUUAGGUAGAGCUCAAUGGAUACGGUCUCUUUUCUAUUUCUUAAUUAUCUCUCAGAAUCUGUGUGUUAUGGAAGAUCUGUUGUACAAAUAAUGGUCUUCAAAUCAGCUGCUUUGUCAAUGGUUCAAGUGUUGACCAGUAUUCAUUGGUAUGAUUAUCAUACAUCACUGUGUUGUCCAUCUACACGUGAUAGGUGAUACAGACCUAGCUAAGCCUGUUUUGGCUGGUGACAUCCAGACCAACCAAGAUGUAAUGAUAAUCUCAAUUAGUUUUAUUGAUUAUUUUAGGGGA